GAUCGAAGUCACGUUUUGUUGCGAAACCGGUUUGGGUUAUAUUUAUUUAUUUAAUUAUGGGGUCUGUUCGUCCUCCCUCGGUGGUGCCGCUGGAGGAGAGGACGGAACAGUUUCUCACCAGUCCGGAUGGCCUUCCUAUCCAUGACUUCAGGUACUGCCAGGAGUAUGUGGCUCCGGCGGUCAACUAUGCAGACUUGCUGGCCACCGAGCGCAGUCCAGUGGCCACUAUGCUGCAGGUGGACCGUGACCCGACCACAGGUCGCGUGCUGACCUUCUCCGAGGUGCCGAUCGACGCCGCUGAGCUGGGCCGGACCGCGCACAACUCGUUCUCGUUCCGCCGGGCGCCCGGUCCGCCGGAGCAGGACGUCCGUGGAGACGUGGCCAACUUCCCGUUCUGGCCGGGAGGCAGCCUGGAGGCGCCGCCGCCACCGCCGGCCGUGGCCGAGCUGGAUACCCUCCUGCCCGAUGAGUACCUGACCACGGCGCCGGGUCUCUCCGAGGGCCUCUCUCUGCCCUCCCUGACGGACCAGCUCGACGCCACCCCGGCCGCCGCUCCGGUCUCCUCCGGGCCGGAGCCGGAGCCGGCGGAGCUCGGGUACGACUGGGUCUGGCAGCGCCCGGAGGGGGAGCAGCCGGUGGCAGAGAUGGCAGAGUGGGACCGGGAGGCGGCGGCGGCGGCGGACCAGGCGGACGGGGAGCAGCAGGCCGCAGAGCUGGAGGCCGCGCUCAAGCCGGAGCCGGCGCUGGUGCUCUCCACGGCAGCCGCGUCGGACGCCCGCGCCCGCUCGGGCCGCGCGCUGCGCUCCUCUCAGUGGGCAGAGGAGGUGGACAUCAGCCGUCCUGUGGAGGACUUUCACCGGCAGGUGCCCAACAUGGCGCACCGCUACCCCUAUGAGCUGGACACCUUCCAGAAACUGGCCAUUCUGCACAUGGAACGUGGUGAGAGUGUGUUUGUUGCCGCGCACACCUCCGCGGGAAAGACGGCGGUGGCAGAGUACGCCAUCGCCCUCUCACAGAGGAACGGCACCAAAGCCGUUUACACAUCACCCAUCAAGGCGCUAUCGAACCAGAAGUUCCGCGACUUCAAGAACAGUUUCACUGACGUGGGGUUGCUGACGGGCGACAUUCAGAUCAACAAGGAGGCGUCCUGCCUGAUCUGCACCACUGAGAUCCUCCGCUCGAUGCUCUAUAACGGCAGCGACCUGAUCCGUGACCUCGAGUGGGUCAUCUUCGACGAGGUGCACUACAUCAACGACCCGGAGCGCGGUGUGGUAUGGGAGGAGUCUCUGAUCCUGCUCCCGGAGACGGUCGGCAUCGUCCUGCUCUCGGCCACCGUCCCCAACACACUGGAGUUCGCCGACUGGAUCGGGUCCAUCAAGAAGCGUAAGGUGCGCGUUAUCAGCACGCUGAAGCGUCCGGUACCGCUGGAACACUUCCUGUACACGGGGCAGGGCGGCAAGUCGCGAGACGACCGCUUCCUGGUGCUCGACUCGCGGGGACAGUUCUCCCGGCCCGGCUACAUCAAGGCAGUGGACGCCAAGACCAAGGCCUCCUCCAAGUCGGGCGGCGGCGGUGGCGCCGGCCGGGGCGGCCGCGGCGGCGGGCGGGGCGGGCACGGCGGCGGCUCCGGCAUCACCCCGCAGCAGGAGCGGAACACCUGGGUGGGCCUGGUGGACCACCUGCGGCGCGCCGACCUGCUGCCCGUCGUGGCGUUCACCUUCUCCCGGGCGCGCUGCGACGCCAACGCUGCCUCGCUGACCUCUCUGCAGCUGACCUCGGAGCGCGAGAAGGGCGAGAUCAGGAUGUUCUUCAGCCGGUGCGCCCAGCGGCUGGCGGCCGCCGACCAGAAACUGCCGCAGGUGACCCAGAUGGCCGAGCUGCUGACCCGCGGCGUGGGCGUCCACCACAGCGGCAUCCUGCCCAUCCUGAAGGAGGUCAUCGAGAUGCUCUUCCAGCGAGGACUGGUCAAGCUUCUGUUCGCCACGGAGACGUUCGCCAUGGGCGUCAACAUGCCGGCGCGGACGGUGGUGUUUGACUCGAUACGAAAACACGACGGCAGGAGCUUCAGGACGCUAUUGCCCGGCGAGUAUAUCCAGAUGGCGGGACGGGCGGGCCGGCGCGGUCUGGACCCCACCGGGACGGUGAUCGUGCUAUGUAAACACGAGGUGCCCGAGGAGUCCGAGCUGCACAACAUGAUGCUCGGCCGUCCAACGAAGCUGGUGUCGCAGUUCCACCUGACGUACAGCAUGAUCCUGAACCUGCUGCGCAUCCAGCAGCUUCGCAUCCAGGACAUCAUGAAGAGUAGCUUCGCCGAGACCGGCACCCAGAAGAACAGGGCCGAAAACGAGAGGCGGCUGGCCAGUUUACAGGAGCAGUCGGAGAAGCAGAAGCCGGCCAUUGACAAGUCGUGUCGGGACAUUGAGGACUUUGUCACACUCUGCCGGGACUACCUGCAGAUGAGAGACAGUGUCAGGGAGCGUCUGUACGCGUCCAACGCGGGCGUCAAGGCGCUGGAGAACGCCGGUCAGAUCGUCACCUUCUCCACCGAGCGGCUAUCACGGCGACUCGGCGUCAUACUGCAGGUGCACCGCGGCGGCUCGGGCUCGUUAGGCGGCGGCUCGGGCACCGUUCAGUUCACCGUGCUCGCCUGCGACGACGACGUCCGGCCGGAGGGCACCUCUCCGCUGGCCUGGAGGAUGCGGCAGGCCGUCAGCGAGGCGGUGUACGAGCCGAGCGGGCCGGCUUCGUAUGGGCUGCACACCAUACAGCGGGCGCAGGUCGACCUCAUCAUGGCUAGGGGCGUGAAAGUGGAGGCUGUGAAGGUGGUGGACGACGUCAAGAAGCGGCAGCUGGCGCGGUUCGCCGACAACCCGCCGUCUCCGUCCUGCGCGCUGGCCAUCCGGGAGCUGGUGGCCGCGGCCGGCGGGCCGGCGCGGCAGCUGCACAACAACCAGCUGGAGCUGGCCGACGACCUGAUCAGCCUGGAGCGGCUCCGGGCGCGCCUACUGGAGAUGGAGUGUCUGCUCAGUCCCAGCUUCCACGACACGUUGGAGGCGGUGUGCCGGCACCGGCUGCUGUUGGAUCAGCUGAACGACAUCAAGUUCCAGCUGUCGGACGAGUCCCUCUCCCUGCUGCCCGAGUACUGCCUCAGAGUGGACGUCCUCAAACGGCUCGGCUAUGUCGACAGCGACAACGUCGUGAAGCUGAAGGGCCGCGUGGGCUGUCAGAUGGGCUACCGGGAGAUGCUGGUCACCGAGCUCGUUUUCCACGACGUGCUCACGGGCCGAGAGCCGGCGGAGAUCGCCGCCCUCCUCUCGGCGCUCGUGUUCGAACAGAAACGCUGCAGCGAGCCCAACCUGACGCCUGUACUCGAAAAGGGAAAACUGGAGCUGACGGAGAUCGCGGCUCAGAUCGACGCGUGCCAGCACGAGUGUGGCCUGAACGAUGCCGAGAAACACGAGGAGAUGCUCAACUUCGGCCUGGUCGAGGUCGUCUACGAGUGGUCCAGGGGCAUGACGUUCAGCGCCAUCAUGCAGCUGACGGACGUACAGGAGGGAAUCAUCGUGCGCUGCAUUCAGCGGCUCGACGAGACGCUCCGUGACGUCAAAAACGCGGCGAGGACCAUCGGAAACCCCACGCUCUACGAGAAGGCCGGCGAGGCGAGCACCUCCAUCAAAAGGGACAUUGUGUUCGCUGCCAGCCUCUACACGCAGACGUGAUAAGAGGCAGGGGUCGGGUUAGGAAUAUCCCAUGCCUCCUGUGGGCGAGACUGCCAGCGCCGCUUUGGCUGUGUUCCCUGGAUAAUAAUGUGUUGUGUUUGUGGUUAACGGUUAAUCAUGCGUACCGAUCUGCGUGAUGUGUUGUUUCUGGUAUACCUCGUGCUGGCCAAUUACCAGUUACUGUGUUGACUGUUGAGUUCAUUAUCUACAUUUUUGAGGUGCUGUGUCGCAGGAACUUGUUUGACCCUACUUCGGAGGAUGCUUACGAGACUGGCGUUAACACGAUGGCAAGGUUGUAAAAAUCAAAUGUUUGCAAUGAAAUGAUGGAAUGGUCAAUGGAAUAAAAAUGAUUUACCGAAAA